GGGGCAGGGGAGGGGACGGGCGUCCAAGGGGAGCGAGCUUCCGCCCCUUCUUCAUAUUUCAGCGUCGGGGAAUACUACUUCAGGACUUGGACUUGUCCACCCCCUGCCUCCCUGGACUUGGGGACCAGCCGCACCGCCGGACUCUUUACCAAUCUGCUUGUGUUUUCCUCUCGUGCCGAGUCCCCCCACCCUCGGUCCAGCCUUGGCUUCCAGGCGGCCCCAGCGCGGUCACAGGCCACCCCCUGGGGUGCCCGGGGAGAUGUUUCAAGCCUUCCCCGGAGACUACGACUCCGCCUCCCGGUGUAGCUCGUCGCCGUCGGCCGAGUCCCAGUAUCUGUCAUCAGUGGACUCCUUUGGCAGCCCCACGACUGCCGCCGCCUCCCAGCAGGAGUGUGCUGGCCUUGGUGACAUGCCCGGCUCCUUCGUGCCCACGGUCACCGCCAUCACCACGAGCCAAGACCUCCAGUGGCUGGUGCAGCCCACCCUCAUCUCGUCCAUGGCUCAGUCUCAGGGCCAGCAGCCGCCCCUGGGCCCCCAGCUGCCCACCGUCGACCCCUAUGACCUGCCCGGCACCAGCUACUCUUCCCCCGGGAUCAGCGGCUACGCCGGCGGCGCCGGGCCCUCUGGGGUGACUUCGAGCGGCCCCCCGCCCUCGCGGCCUGCUCGGGCCAGGCCCCGACGGCCCAGGGAAGAAACGCUCACCCCAGAAGAAGAGGAGAAGAGGAGGGUCCGUCGAGAACGGAACAAACUGGCUGCAGCCAAAUGUCGGAACCGAAGGCGGGAGCUGACCGAUCGUCUACAGGCGGAGACAGACCAGCUGGAAGAGGAGAAGGCAGAGCUGGAGUCAGAAAUCGCGGAACUCCAGAAGGAGAAGGAGAGGCUGCAGUUUGUGCUGGCAGCUCAUAAGCCAGGCUGCAAGAUCCCUUUUGAUGAGGGGCCCGGGCCGGGGGGCCCCCUGGCAGAGGUGAGAGCUUUGCCUGGGCCCACGCCCACUAAGGACGAUGCGUUCGGGUGGUUCCUGCCGCCGCCGCCCCUGCCCUUCCAGACCAGCCAGGAGCCCGGCCAGGAGGGGCCCCCAGACCUGACGGCUUCUCUCUUUACACACAGUGAGGUCCCAGCCUUCGGCGACCCCUACCCCGUUAACCCUUCGUAUACCACCUCGUUUGUACUCACGUGCCCGGACGUCUCCGCAUGCGGCGGUGCCCAGCGCAACGGCAGCGACCAGUCCUCUGACUCCCUGAACUCGCCCUCCCUCCUUGCUCUGUGAAUUCUUUUAGAGGGAGGGGGCGCUUCUCUCUGGAGACAAAAACUGGGGGGAGGUGGCCACGGCCCCCUCCACUCUCGCGGAUUCCGCGCAUCCUCAAGGGGCCGCUGACCCGAGCCGGCCUCUCCUCAUCCUUGGCCAUCAACCACCGGAUCCCCCUGGACCCGAGGCUCCCUCCAUUCUUGGCCACCUACUGGAUUCACCUCGACUUGAGGCUUCCUCCCUCCAUCCCCGAGCCGGGACUCCGCUGGCCCCCGCCCAACGCCGGGCCCUUCCUUGAGCCCUGACCCUUCGACCCUUGGAGCUUGCCUAUUGACCCUCCACUCUGACUGUCGCCAGUGCUAAAGGCGGAGACUUGGUGGGGGCUGCACCCGAGGGCCUUGCUCCUGGGGGAGGAGGGGAGGGAAAAGGUAUGGAGAGAGAUUGUGGGCUGCCGUGGCCUGCGAGCCAUGUGGGGCGGGGGGCUUUGGUGGGUGGGGGGGGGUGCUCUGGGAGAUGGGUUCAAAGUCUCGUUCUUGAUGGAAUCUCAUCCUUCUCCAUGAUACUCUCUGGUCAUUGCUUCCUCACCCUCGUUCCCUAGAAGAGUAUUAACUUAUUUAGCCACUUUCCAGAGUCAAAGGUGAAAGGAUCAACUCCCUGCUUUCUCUCCCCAAGGUCAGAGACCUUGUCAGGUUGGGAGAUGAGGAGCCUCCCUUCACCUUUGUAAACAGUAUUAUUCCUGUCCCCUCCUUCCCAGGUAACCCCUGACCCUCUUCCUCCUCCCUCACGCCCCUCCACCCCCAGCUGAUUGCUUUCCUUAUUUCGCAUAUCUGGCAGAGAAGGGUGACUCACCUUUCACCCUUGCCCCUAGCUGAGGUAUUUAUACUGUGAAAAGAGGUCUUGGAGGAAGGGUGGGGACCAGGGAAGUCCGGUCCGGUCUCCAGUCUCCCUCAGUGGGGAGGAGAAAUGAGGGGAGACAUUUUUACCCCCAAAUGGGUCUCUCGGCCCUUCAAAGCUGAUAAAUCUUCCUCUAUUUCAGCAACAAAUAAAAUCGUCAUCAUGAGGUUCCCUGCUUACUGUCCUUCUCUAUUGGGGGGUAUUUCCUCCCCCCUAUCCCUGCCCCCCAGCCUAGGACGCCGACUUCUCCCCGGUCUUUCCGGGAAACGGGCCAGUCUCUUUGGGGCUAGCCCUCUCUGGGGAGAAGUUACAGAGCUGAGGCUUCUGGCCUUUGAGGGAGCUGAACUGGUGGAUUCCCCUCCCCCUUCCUUCUUUGCUUAAACUUGGUGAUAGUUUGGGGGAACGGGGUGCUGGGGGACAGAUCUCAAAGCAUCCAUUGCUCUGGGAAGCUGGCUCUGUCCAGCCCUGGAUUUCCCCAUCUGUGUCCACCUGCUCCCUAACUAUUCCACACCCCUUCUUCUUCUUCUUUUUUUUUUUUUUUUUUUAAAAUCUAGGGAACUGGUUUUUCAACCUAUUUGUCACUGGGAUGAUAAAAAGGAUGGAGACUCAGCUCCAGCCUCUCCCUGGCCAUCGGCCUUUCUCCUCCCCCCCAGGACCUCCUCCUCCUUCUGUUUUUCACAUUUGCAGAUUUCCUCACUUACACUUGAGGAAAAUGUGGCUCUGAGACAUUAAGCGAUCUGUCCAGAGGCUCAGAGCUACUUGGUGUCCCAGGAAGGAUUUGAACCCAGGACUUUCUGUCUCCAAGUCUAGAGGGACCAUCUAUCAUUUUAAAAACUGUUUAUUUUUUGGAAAUCGGGCCUGGUGAUCUCAAAGUAUCUAUGAUAGGUCAAUAGGACAAUGAGACGGAUCCAGGAGGGCCUAAGCUACCCUUUGCCCCUUGCCCUCUUUUGCCUUAGGCCCCCUCCCCAGGCCGAAUCCCCAGGGCCUUAGGAAAGGGCAAAACUCCAAUCAGGCCGCCCCUUCCCCGGCUUCCUUCUCCCUUUGGCCUCAAUUGUUCAAAAUAAGGCAAAAUUCCCUUUGUAAAACCGUAGGGGAGAGCGGGCCGCAGCCCUCCUGUUCUAGUCCCUUUUACUGCAUGGACAACAUUCCACACCAACCCCUUCCCUCACUAACCAUCCCUCCACCCAAAUCCCUGGCCUCAACCAUCGCACCUUUCCUGGUUUCCGAAAGGCACUAUAUCUAUUCUGUAUAAAUAUAUAUAUUAUAUUAUAUUAUAUAUAUGGUGUGUGUACGUGUCAGUGCGUGUGGGCGCGUGUCAGGAUCCCAUCCCUCCCAGGCCCUCAGACUGGGUGGCUGAAGUGAAUGCUCAUUGACAAUCAGGGUACUCCCUCUCUGUCUCUCUCUCUGUCUCUGAGUCUCUCUGCAUUUCUGUCUCUGUCUCUUGUCUCUCUCUCUCUCUCUG